CUGGGGAUGAGCUAAGCGGGUUCAGAGCGCCGCGGCAUUCAGCCCCUCGUGUCCCGCCGCCGUCGGGAGGGGACUGGGCACCACUCUCCAAGCUCGACCCACUGCUCGCGCUGGAGCCAGCGGUGAGUAUUUCUCAAACUCUGAGGCUUGCAGAAUUCACAAAUUGAGAUCUGGCAUUAUUUUCAGAGAAAGACCUUCAGUAAUGCAUGUAACCUUCUGUAAUGGAAGAUGAUUGAAGAUAAGGGGCCUCGUGUUGCUGACUACUUUGUUGUAGCAGGAUUAACUGAUGUUUCAAAGCCUCUUGAAGAAGAAAUUCACUUCAAUGAUGCCUGUCAUAAAGUAGCUAAACCAAAAGAACCUAUAACAGAUGUUUCAGUGAUUAUUAAAUCUCUUGGGGAGGAAGUGCCACGGGAUUAUAUAUGUAUUGAUGUUACCCCAACUGGAUUGUCGGCUGAUCUCAAUAAUGGAAGUCUUGUGGGGCCGCAGAUUUACCUUUGCUACAGAAGAGGAAGAGAUAAGCCUCCACUUACAGAUCUAGGGGUUUUGUAUGACUGGAAAGAAAGAUUGAAACAGGGAUGUGAAAUUAUUCAGAGUACUCCCUACGGACGCCCUGCAAAUAUUAGUGGUAGUACCUCAUCACAAAAAAUUUAUAUCACUUUCCGAAGAGCCUCUGAAAACAUGACUCAGAAUACAUUGGCUGUCACAGACAUAUGUAUUAUUGUACCCAGUAAAGGAGAAAGUCCACCACACACAUUUUGCAAAGUCGACAAGAAUCUCAAUAACAGUAUGUGGGGAUCUGCAGUAUACUUAUGUUAUAAAAAAUCAGUGGCAAAGACUAACACUAUAUCCUACAAAGCUGGUCUAAUUUGUAGAUAUCCUCAAGAAGAUUAUGAAUCUUUCUCACUCCCAGAAUCUGUUCCCCUAUUUUGUUUACCAAUGGGUGCAACUAUUGAAUGCUGGCCACCAAAUAGCAAAUACCCUCUCCCUGUAUUUUCUACAUUUGUGUUAACUGGAGCCUCAGCUGAAAAGGUCUAUGGUGCUGCUAUUCAGUUUUAUGAACCAUACUCUGAGGAGAAUCUCACAGAAAAACAGAGACUUCUUUUGGGUUUAACAUCAUCAGCAGAUGGGAAAUCUGAUAAUUCCAAAACAAUUCACACUAAUAAAUGCAUCUGUCUUCUUUCUCACUGGCCUUUUUUUGAUGCAUUCAGGAAGUUUUUGACUUUUCUGUAUCGUUACUCUAUCUCUGGACCUCAUGUCCUUCCAAUUGAGAAGCAUAUUUCUCAUUUUAUGCAUAAAGUUCCUUUUCCAUCUCCUCAGAGACCACGGAUUUUAGUUCAGUUAUCACCACAUGAUAAUCUGAUUCUCAGUCAACCUGUUUCUUCACCUCUUCCACUAAGUGGUGGCAAGUUUUCAACACUACUUCAAAAUUUAGGCCCUGAAAAUGCUGUCACACUACUGGUGUUUGCAGUAACAGAACAUAAGAUUCUCAUCCAUUCCUUACGGCCUUCCGUGCUUACUAGUGUGACAGAAGCAUUAGUGUCUAUGAUUUUCCCUUUCCACUGGCCAUGCCCGUAUGUUCCUCUCUGCCCACUGGCUUUAGCAGAUGUCUUGAGUGCACCAUGUCCAUUCAUAGUAGGAAUCGAUUCAAGAUAUUUUGAUCUCUAUGACCCUCCACCAGAUGUUAGUUGUGUUGACCUAGAUACCAACACCAUUUCUCAAACUGGUGACAAGAAAAAUGUAGCCUGGAAGAUACUUCCAAAGAAACCAUGUAAAAAUCUGAUGAACACACUGAAUAAUUUGCACCAGCAGUUGGCAAAAUUGCAGCAGAGACCAAGAGAUGAUGGACUAAUGGACUUAGCAAUGAAUGACUAUGAUUUUAAUUCUGGAAAGAGGUUGCACAUGAUAGAUUUGGAAAUCCAAGAGGCGUUUUUGUGUUUCAUGGCCUCUAUUUUAAAAGGUUAUAGAUCAUACUUAAGACCAAUAACACAAGCCCCAUCUGAGACAGCCACAGAUGCAUCCUCUCUUUUUGCCCUACAAGCUUUCUUAAGAAGCCGCGACCGGUCACAUCAAAAAUUCUAUAGCAUGAUGACCAAAACACAAAUGUUCAUUCGCUUCAUUGAGGAAUGUUCUUUUGUCAGUGAUAAAGAUGCAAGCCUGGCAUUUUUUGAUGAUUGUGUAGAUAAAGUAAGUAAUAGUAUGUCUACAUCCCGUGACUUACUUGUUCUCUGGCUGAAAGCCUGUAUCUCCCACUCCAAGAAAAAAAGCACCUCUGAGUUGCUCUUACUAUCAUCUUUUGAAGGUACAAAUGAAACAGGAAACAGUCAAAGUAGGUGCUUCAGGAAAAGACAUAAAAGUGAAAAUGAACCGAAUUUGCAGCAGCGACUCUCCUGGGGAAGCAGAAACCGCAAUCUUAGUGGCGGAGUACUGAUGGGACUUAUGCUCAAUAGAAUCAACCAGGAAGCAAGCCCUGGAGAUAUGGUUGAAAAACUAGGAGCUGAUGCAAAAAUUCUUUCAAACGUUAUCUCAAAAAGCACAAGACCGACUAGUCUUGAUAUCGGAAAGCCACCUUUAAGAUCAAAAAGAGACAGUCUAGAAAAGGAAUCUAGUGAUGACGAUACACCUUUCGAUGGUCCUAAUUGUUUGGCAGAUAAAGUGGAUUCUCCAGUUAUUUUUGAUUUGGAAGACUUAGACAGUGAGACAGAUGGAUCAAAAGUGGGAUACACUGCUUCACAGAACCCCAAGAGGAUUCAGCGUAUGAGCAGCAGCUUUUCAGUAAAACCUUCUGCAAAAACGGACGUUGCCACAGGAUUUGAUCCCCUCUCUCUUUUGGUUGCUGAGACUGAACAGCAGCAAAAAGAGGAGGAGGAAGAGGAUGACGAAGAUAGCAAAAGCGUUUCAACACCAUCCGCCAGGCGUGACUUAGCGGAAGAGAUUGUGAUGUAUAUGAAUAACAUGAGCAGUCCUUUGACAAGCCGCACGCCAAGCAUCGAUUUACAACGGGCAUGUGAUGACAAAUCAACCAGUAAGAAAAGUCCAACAUUGGUCAAGGCGUGCAGAAGAUCUAGCCUGCCUCCCCAUUCUCCGAGGCUAAUGAGACUUACCAAAUCUAAAAGUUACACAAAAACUGAGGAGAGACCACGGGACAGACUCUGGUCUUCUCCAGCCUUCUCACCUUCUUGCCCAUUCAGGGAAGAAUCUCAAGCUGCAUUAACCCAUUCAUCACCUUCAUUUAAUUUAGAUACACUGCUGGUACCUAAACUAGAUGUUCUAAGGAACAGUAUGUUCACUGCUGGGAAAGGAGUUGCAGAGAAAGCCAGCAAGUGGUAUUCAAGAUUCACCAUGUAUACCACAUCAUCUAAAGAUCAAAGUUCUGAUCGUACCAGUCUUUCUUCAGUGGGAGCCCAGGAUUCUGAAUCUACCUCUUUAACAGAUGAAGAUGUUUGCCAUGAGUUGGAAGGAGCCACUUCCUCCCAAGAGAGCAGUGCCACUUCAGGAACUAAGGGAAUUGAUUUCAGCAGAACAAGUCUGGAAAGUUCUGCCUCCUUAGAAGGAUCCCUGUCAAAGUUUGCCUUACCUGGGAAAUCAGAAGUGGCACCUUCCUGCAACACAAGUAAUACAAAUAUCUUCCAGAACUAUGCAAUGGAGGUUCUUAUCUCAAGUUGUUCUCGGUGUAGAACAUGUGAUUGUCUCGUCCAUGAUGAGGAAAUCAUGGCUGGCUGGACAGCAGAUGAUUCAAAUCUCAAUACUACAUGCCCAUUUUGUGGCAAUCUUUUCUUGCCCUUUCUGAAUAUUGAAAUAAGAGAUUUAAGACGGCCUGGAAGAUACUUUCUGAAGUCAAGCCCAUCUACAGAAAAUAUGCAUUUUCCAUCCUCCUUUUCAACUCAGACAAGGCAGUCUUGUAUCUCAACAUCAGCCUCUGGUCUUGACACAUCUGUUAUCUCUGUUCAAGGGAAUUUUGAUCUCAACAGCAAAUCUAAACUGCUGGAAAAUACAUAUGCCCGAAGUAUUCAGAUCCCUGCUGAUAGAUCAAAAACAGCUAUGUCAAAAUGUCCAAUAUUUCCAAUGGCCAGGAGUGUUAGUACUUAUGGCCCCUUGGAUAAGGAAGACACUGGAGGCCAGAAGCUCAUUCCUACAGGCAGCCUGCCAACUACUUUACAAGGAGCUACCGAUUCUUUAGGAUUAGAGUGGCACCUCCCCAGUCCAGAUCCUAUCACUGUUCCAUAUCUUAGUCCUUUAGUGGUAUGGAAGGAGCUUGAAAGCUUACUGGAAAAUGAAGGCGACCAUGCAAUAACAGUGGCAGACUUCGUGGACCAUCAUCCAAUCGUGUUUUGGAACCUUGUAUGGUAUUUUAGACGUCUUGACUUACCCAGUAACUUACCUGGAUUAAUUCUUUCUUCUGAGCAUUGUAACAAGUAUUCAAAGAUUCCUCGCCACUGUAUGUCUGAGGAUAGUAAAUAUGUUUUAAUACAAAUGUUAUGGGACAAUAUGAAAUUACAUCAGGAUCCGGGACAGCCCUUGUACAUCCUCUGGAAUGCCCACAGUCAAAAUCGUACUCUUUUGUUUGAGACCCAAAAGUAUCCAAUGGUCCAUUUAUUGCAAAAAGGUGAUAAUUCAUUUAACCAGGAACUAUUGAAAAAUAUGGUAAAAAGCAUUAAAAUGAAUGAUGUGUAUGGACCAAUGAGUCAAAUUUUAGAGACACUGAAUAAAUGUCCUCAUUUUAAAAGACAGAGGAGUUUGUAUAGAGAAAUACUAUUUCUCUCACUUGUGGCCCUGGGAAGAGAAAACAUUGAUAUAGAUGCAUUUGAUAAAGAAUACAAGAUGGCAUAUGAUCGCCUCACACCAAGUCAAGUCAAGAGUACACACAACUGUGAUAGACCACCAAGUACAGGGGUGAUGGAAUGUCGAAAAACCUUUGGAGAACCUUAUCUUUAAGAUAUGCACGUGUGUGUAUACUUUCAAUAUGUAUUGUAUAGUCCAUGUAUAAAAUAACACUUGAAGACUCUAAACUUUUUUUCUUCAGUUUUUGGAAAUGCAUUUGUAAAUGGGUUCCGAAAGUCCAGAUAGCUUAUGUACAGAAUGUUUUCAAAAGAGAAAAGUGACAAGUGAGGAGAAAGCCAUUUUGUUUCCCAUUUCCUUUUUUUUUCUUUACUUCUCCUGUAACAAGUAAUUAAGUAUUUUUGUGACGAGGAAAUCCCUAAACAAAAUUACUUCUCAAAAUAAGACAACCGUUUCAUGGUUUCUCUUGGAAGAGACGCAUUGAAAAAUCAUGUAUGGAACUUAAACAAAUGGAAGAUCAAAGUAUUUCCUGUUUUCAUAGACUAUUCAAAUGUUUUGACCAUGAAGUUGUAUUAUACAUAUUUUAAAUUGUUUAUAGUAAGUUGAUAUUUUUUUAAUUUUUAAACUUAAUAUAGCAAACAAAAUGAACUUAAACUUAUGAAGCAAGUGAUUAAGUGCUUAUUUUCCUUGUCUGCUGCUAUUUGAAGUAAUUAGUACAGCUGCAGAUCUCUAUAUGUAUAUCUAUCUAUAUAUAUAUUUUUAUUACCUGGGGGAAUGAUUCAGAAACAUCAGUGCUAGUGUCCGUGUUAUGCUAGGAUUGCAUGUUAGUACCAUUAAGUCUGACCGCAGUGAGUGAAUGAAAGCAAAGGUGUGCGCUGCCCAGACUGACUCACUGAGCCUUGUGGAAGGAGAGCCGGAGAGGUUCCAAGUCUGCUUCUACAAAAUCAGGUUCAACAUACCGUGAUUUGAAAAUCUUCUCUAUCACUAACAGAUGCAUACAGUACACAGGGAUAGCUUACAAAACCAAGUAUCAACUUAAAUUUUAAUAUGCUACAUGAACACUUAGACUGGGAAAUAUGUCAGACAACUUACUCCAAAUUUUACCCUUAUUUUAAUAUCUAAAAUAUUGGGGAUGAUGCAGAUUGUGUCAUAUUUAUCUGGAAUAUGACCCCCUGAAGUAUUCUGUUAAUAUUAUAUAUAUAUAUAAAAUAUUCAAAAUAUUUUUUCAAAAGUAGAAAAAUAAUAACUCUCAAAGUACAGCCAGAUAGAAUUUCCCAUAUUGAGGAACUUGGCUUUUUCAAUAAGCCUUCAGAAUCUGAAGUUUAUGGAAUCUAAAAUCCAGAAAUAUCCAGAAAUCAGACAAUAAAUUGGAUGUUUAAGCACCAAGGGUAUUAAAGAGACUCUAAAAAAAUAUUUUUAGUCCCAUUAUUUCAAAAAUCACUUUCUUUGGGUAAUUCCUGAUAAAAAGUAUCCUUUGGCUAUUAAAAUUAUUUAUAGAUUAUCAGUAUGUGUGUGUGCAUGGUUGCACACAUUGUCACGAAUGAAGGAAUUCUCUAGACACUUACAAAGAAGGAAAAAAUGGAUGGUUCCAGAUUUGGUCUGUAAAGCCAGUAGAGUGCAGCACACUUGUACUGGGGAUAUCUGAGACUUCGAAUCAGUUUAGCUGCAGAAAAACUACCUUUUGAGUUCACACCAUUAGUGAAUAGCAUCAAGCUGACACAUUCCACAGCUUUCCACUGGGGAAGUAAGGGGGAGAGUUUACAGAUGUGAAAUUUUGGUUCGGAUUAGUUUGACGCUGAACUUGCUUACUUGAAAAAUCUGGUGCUAUGCACAUAUAUAUAUAUAUAUAUAUAUAUAUAUAUAUAUAUAUAUAUGCCUUUCCUUUGUAAAUACAACUCCAAUCUUCUCCUUUACUGUUCAUAUCCAGGUUUCACAUUCUAACGGAGUCUUCUGUUCCCUAAAUCACUUGAAAAUUGUCAAAUGAGAGAAGCAUUUGAUAGGGGAGGCUAUGGGCAUUGGCAACAAACCUCCCUCCAAAUAGGGUUCUGGGGUUCUAUUCUGGUUUUUGGUGCAUGUUUUUCUUUCCCUUAGAGGAACAGCUUUUACUGUUUGUGGAAGUUGUUUAACUUUUCUUUAACACACACUAUAUGUAAGAAUUAUAGCUGAUGGAUUUCAAAUAGCAGACCAAAAAAAGUGAGGUAAAGCCCAUCCUUUCUGGUUCAAACUCAGAUGGAAAAGUGAGUAUAAUUUUUAUCUCCUCCCCCCCACCCCACACACAAAGUUUUGUUUCUGCUUUUGGUUGGGUUUUUCUUCCCGCCCCCCUUCCUUUUAAUCCCCAGGGACUAUUAUUUGUACAAAUUUAGUCGUUAAAACCCAGAACAUGAAUAGAAAGCGGUAAACACUGCUCAAAAGAAACUUAAAAUCUAGAUCAUCCUUUAAAAUAACUCUAAACUUUUCUUUGAUUUUCUCUCUGUUGAGGAUACAUUUUGAAGAAUCGUGGCCAAUCAUGUUGGAGAGAAAUACAUUUUUGCUACAUUAUCUGUCUCUUGUUUUCUUACUCUUAGUUUUGUUUAUACGUUUAAUAGUGGAAAAUAAACCAAGCUGUGUCCUGGUA